AUGAAAUCUAAUCAAUAAACACGUACCUUAUUUACUUAAAUAUCUCAAUAAAUAAAUCCCGAAGAUCCAUUAAGACAUUAUUUAUAGCAGAAGUUCCCUUAAGAUUUUAAAAAGAAACAAAAAAACAAACAAAAAAAACAAACAAAAAAAAAUGAUGAAUUAGAAAAUAAAAUCAAAGAAUAUGAUACUGAAGAAGACGAAGAACACAAAAAUAAAGCCAAAGACGAUUUUUUCGAAGAAGAAAAGGCAGACGAAGAAGAAGACGAAGAAGACGAAGAAGAAGAAGAAGAAGAAGAAGAAGAAAAAAAUUAGAAAGCAAAAAAUGAAUAAGAAAGUGAAUUCGAUCUUUUUAGCCUUUCCAGUUCUGAAGAAGACUAAAAUUCCUCAGAAGAUUCUUAAGAAGAUGAAGUUUAUGAUGAGGAAACAUACACAGAAGAUGAAAAUUCAUUCGAAGAAGAUGAAACAAUAUAUACAGACGAAUACGGAAGUGAAGAAGAUGAAGAAGAAGAAGAAGAAGAAGUAGAAGAAGAAUUAAUGUACAGUCUCCACCCAUAUUACGAUUUUGAAAACUAUCAAAAUAAAACUGCCAAAAAAACACCAACAGCCACUUCCUUUACUGAUAUCCCUUAAAUAAAUAUCAAUAAAUAAGCCUCUAUUUAAUAGAAUAUCAUUGAAAACAUCUAAUUUUAUUAACAAAAAAACACUCUUUUUGACCUUCCUACCCUUAUAAAUAUACUCGAAAGUGGCUUUUGUGAUCUUAUAAAGCUUUUCGUAGGACUAAGCGACUAGUUGUUUUAAAAAUACAUUCGUGUAGUGUAAAAAAACCCUUAAAUUCUUCACCAUUUAGACCUAGAAACUCGAAUAUUAGCUAUAAGUAUAAAAGCCAUAAGAAGGGCUAAAAAAAGAUCUGAAAAAAAAGAUUUUUAUUUAGAAAAUAUAAACUUAAAAAUAAAUAGAAAAUGUGUAUUUGAAAAUUCAUUCUAAAAAAUACUGACAUAAACUGCAAAUUAAAUCAUCCAAAAACAAUUCGAAGUCAAAUUCAAAAACGAAGAAGGAAUAGACUAAAGUGGUUUAACUAAAGAAUGGUAUUCAUGUAUAGUAAAGGAAAUAUUUAACCCAAAUAACGCACUAUUUAAACUAGGACAAAAAAAAUUAAUGCAUUUCCCAAAUCCACUCUCAUAUUUAGUCCCUGAUAAUAUUACUAUAUUUAAAUUCACAGGAAUUAUUAUAGCAAAAGCUAUUUUAAAUAGAUAUAUUGUAGGAAUUGAUUUUGCAAAGUUUUUUCUUAAAGUUUUAACUCAUAGAAAUUUAAAGAUAUCCGAUUUAGAAGACAUUGAACCAUAAUAGGCAUAAAAUUUACUUUGGAUAAAAGAAAAUUCAGUAGAUGAUUUAUAUUUGACUUUUACAUAUAAUUAUUAUGUAUUUGAUGAUUAUAAAGAAGUUGAGUUAAUAAAAAAUGGAAAAAAUAUAGAAGUUACGAAUUAAAAUAAAAACAGUUAUAUAGAAAAAGUAUUAUAUUUUAUAAUGAUUUAAUAAAUAAAAGACUAAAUAAGAGCUUUUAUGGAUGGUUUUUAUAGUAUUUUCCCCAAAUCCGAACUAUAUUUAAUAGAUUGGAUGGAAUUAGGAAUGUAAAUAGCAGGAAAUUAAGAAAUAAACUUCUAAGAAAUGAGAAUAAAUACAUAAUAUAGUGGCGGAUAUAAUGAAUAAAGUGAAUAAAUUAAAUGGUUUUGGGAAAUAGUUGAUUAAUUUGAUGAUAAAAUGAAAAGAAAUUUUCUCUUUUUCUUAAGCGGUUCUUAUAAAUUGCCUCUUGGCGGUUUUAAAGAAUUUGGAUUUGAAAUCAAAUAAAUAUUUGAUAUUUAAAAUCUACCUGUUGCUCAUACAUGUUUUAAUUAAUUAGAUCUUCCUUAAUACGAAAGUAAAAAUAUUCUUUUGAAAAAAUUAUUAUAAGCUAUUUUAGAAGGAAAUGAUAGUUUUGGUAUUGAAUGAAAUUUUUUUUAAAAUAAUUAAACAAUAUCUAAAUAUAUAUUUUCUUAAAAAAAGUCUUUUUAUUUUUAAUUUUUUAAUAGUUUUCAUAUAAUUUAUAUAUUAUUAAAAU